GGGCUCCUCGGAGAGAGCUCACAGACGGUUGCACAGGAAAUUUCAAAACAGGUUUGCGCUGCUGUUGCUGCUGCUGCUGCUGCCACUCGACUCUCAGCCCGGCCGGCGGCUCUGAGGUGGACGCUGAGGACAGCGCACCUGGGGACAGGGGGCCGGGGCCAGAGGGCAGCCACGCACGGAGAGGUGGCACUGCCUCUGCCUGCCAUGCCAGGGGGGUGACUCCAGGGCGCCUGGCCGGCCCAGCGGUGCAGAAGGAAGACGCCCUGCUGAGUCCAGGACCGCCCGGGGCUCUUCUGACCCAGCAGCUGAGACACCGGAGGCUGAGACAGCCCGUGCCGACCCACACCUCCUCGGGGUCCCUGAGACCCCCACCUAAUCCCCCCACACCACCUCGGGCCUGCGAGGAUGCCCAGGCUCCUGUCAGGAUGACCUUCGGCGUGAACAUGACGGGCCCGGACAACGCCACGCUGCAGAUGCUGCAGAUGCUGCAGAGCUCGGCGCUCGCAGUGGUGCUGCCGGCCGCGUACUCACUGGUGGUGCUGGUCAGCAUCCCGGGCAACCUGUUCGCGCUGUGGGUGCUGUGCCGCCACAUCGGGCCGCGCUCCCCGUCAGUCAUCUUCAUGAUCAACCUGAGCGUCACCGACCUGCUGCUGGCCACGGUGCUGCCCUUCCAGAUCUACUACCACUGCAACGGCCACCACUGGGUGUUUGGCCGGCCGCUCUGCAACGUGGUCACCGUGGCCUUCUACGCCAACAUGUACGGCAGCAUCCUCAGCAUGACCUGCAUCAGCGUGGACCGCUUCCUGGGCGUCGUGCACCCGCUGUCCUCCGCCCGCUGGCGCCGCCGCCGCUACGCCGUGGGGCUGUGCACCGGCUGCUGGCUGCUGCUCCUGGCCGCCCUCUUCCCGCUGGCCCGCACGGACCUCACCUAUGCGGUGGACGCCCUGGGCAUCGUCACCUGCUUUGACGUCCUCAAGUGGACCAUGCUGCCCGGCCUGGCCAUGUGGGCCAUCUUCCUCUUCACCAUCUUCGUCGUGCUCUUCCUCAUCCCCUUCCUGGUCACCGUGGCCUGCUACACGGCCACCAUCACCCAGCUGCUGCGCACGGCUGACCGGCACGGCCAGGGUCAGCGCCGCCGCUCCGUGAGGCUGGCCGCCGUGGUCCUGCUGUCCUUCGUCACCUGCUUCGCGCCCAACAACUUCGUGCUCUUGGUGCACAUGGUCAGCCGCCUGUUCCUCGGCCGCAGCUACUACCACGUGUACAAGCUCACGCUCUCCCUCUCCUGCCUCAACAACUGCCUGGACCCCUUCGUCUACUACUUUGCCUCCCGGGAGUUCCAGCUGCGGCUCCGUGACUACCUCGGUUACGGCCGGCUGCCCUCCGACAGCCAGGAAGCCCGCAGGGACAGCGUCUUCUCCGCCAGGACCACACUGUCUGCACGCUCGGGCUCCAACGGCCACGGCGACGGCCUGGUCCCCACCCCAGGGCCCGGCCUCAAGACGCAGGAGAGCGUGCUCUGAGCAAGGCGGAGGGAGGCGUGAAGCAGCAGACACCCACCCGGAGCCGGGCCUGACAGGCGGAGGGCAGCUGGCCUGGGCGGAGCCCGGAGGGACCUGAGGGCCGAGCGGGGGGGUCACCUGGCUUCCGACCCCCGCAGGCUCGGGCGGCACCUUAGUUCUCAAAGGGACUGUG